CAUGGGUCUCCCCCACGACGACAGCCAUCAACGUGGUCAAGCCGACCUGCUCUACAUCUCAGAGCAAGGCAACCAAGACGGACAGCAACACCCAGACCAACCUGUCAGUGCUGAAACGAAGCACGGCUUCCAGAAAAGCGGAGCCAGGGAGCAGCGGCGGGGGUAAAGGUCUUGGCUUGGAAAGGUCAAGUCCAAAGUUGGACACGGGUAGUGGUCGGAACAGUCCGCGGGUGGAUGAGAGGACCAGCCCCAAACUGCACGACGGUGCGGAGAAAUCUGGUGGAGGUGGAGGGUCAAAGUCUAUUGACAUUUCCCGCGAUGAUCUCGUAGCCAUGCCGGACCAGACCUGCACCUCCUCGCCGUCAGUGGCACGCAAACAGCUGGACCCCAACGGGGUCAGACCGGUCCCGGCCAGUGAAUUCAGCUAUGCCGCGCAGGAGAAAAACAUGGGCUCGCCCACCACCACCAGCUCGCCAAAGCUAGGCGUCAAGAUGCUCAAUUCACACCUGGGCAAGCCCGCCAACAACGUGGCCAUCGUGCAGCCGCGGCACGGCGAAAAGAUCGAGACAACCUUCGACGCCGAGGUCCGGUCAGAGAGCAAGCCAUCCUCAGUCAAGGAGACGGCCUUCUCCAGCCACGACGAGAAGACGACCUUCGUGGACGACGCCGGGGAGGCCAUGGACAUCAAGCCCAUGCCACCCAUCAUGCGCGCGCUGCCUUACGGCUACUUCCGUGGAUACUCCGGGUACUCGGCCUUCUCCGGCAGCCGCAACUUCCACAUUCCGGGCAUCUCCGUGCCCACCUCCGUGUACCCGGCACGCACCCAGAGCCAAGGGCUGGGCGUCAACCGUUCUCUGAUGGAGCCAGCCAAGUUCUACUCGGGCCACAUCAAGCGCGCUAACUCCAACUGUCCCAGCGUCAACAACGACACCGACUACAGCUCGGAUGUGGACACGUACGAUUACGUUUCCGGGUACAUGUCGGAUGGCGACAUCCUUAAGAGCAACCGUGCCGACGACUGGGCCAGCGGCUACCUGAGCGAGGGAGGGGCGUCGUUGUACGCUCGGCGCCUUCAGCAGAGGUUCCGCGAGGGCAUGCAGGCGGUGCGCGAGUGCAUGCAGAAAAGUUCCGGCCUCAUGGAUGAUGACAGGGUUCCUACACGUGUUCCUGAUGUCGGAUACGACUACCCAGCAACCAGCAUGCGGACAAACGGAGAUUUUCUGCGAACGCUGGACACCACAGGGACCGGCCCCCGGGUGGCGAUGAUGAGUUUAGGGAUCCGCUCCCAGAGUUUUGAUGACAGCAGUUCCAUCAGCAGUGGGGACAUCAGCGACACGAUUGCAGAGAUCAGCACUGAUGAAAACUUGACAGGCUCUUCUCAGGGAGCGCUGUCGGACACUAAUGUCUACAGCAGCCUUAAACGUGCCCCACGGGACUUGACCCAAGGUUUCCAUGCCCACGGCGGAAGUCAUCUGCAGCAGUCAGGCAAGCGGACACCUAACCUGGGUACCAGUGCUUUCAUGGGCACAGACUACCACAGUGACUCCGGUAUUGGGGGUGGACCUGGUGCAUGGCGAAAGUACUCACUCCCACAGACCACCAACAAGCUUCUGAGUAGUGACCCUAGUGACUACGCCUACCCAUACUCCUCUAAUGGUUAUGGGGGCUGGAGCACCAGGAGUGAGCAGGAUUACAGUUCUCUACGCAAGCUGUCCACAGCCAGCCACCCAGAAUUCUCACCUCGAGGGGACAGUGGCUACGGGGACAGCGAAAGGACACUGUCCCAGAGUGAGCGUGGAUUCUCCCCGAGCCCAGGGGGCAGCAAGAGAGAUAGCGAGACCAACACUGACCAAUCCCACCUGCUGGAGACAAGCAUGCGUCGCAUGCAGACAGCUCGUGGUGGCAAUGGUAGCAACAAUGGUCAGGGUGGUAGUUGUGGCAGUGGUGGAGGGGGAUUCUUUGGUUAUCGCCGUCCCUUGAGCAACACAAGCACCUCCUCACUGGGCAGUGCCAAGAGCAGCAGCUCAAAGGGAUCUUCAGUAGUUGGUUCCAGACUUGCUAAACAUGGCAUGGAAGGAGUGACACAGAUGGUGAGAUCAGGAAGUGAUUCUGUGGCUCACGGUGCUCCAACUGGCAUACCGCGUCCAUCAAGUGCAGCUUCGACAGCCCGAUCCUGCCACUCAGACAUGGGCCCAGAGUCCUACAACAGUUCCACCCUUGAACGUAAGCGUAAAGGAGGCCUGACACCAAGCAAGUCCACAGGAAUAGCACAGACUGAUCGAGACUUUCAGUCAAACUCUUUGGGUCGUCGACGACUGUUUGGUAGCAAAAGCAGCCUCAGCAACAAGUCAGGGGAGAAUGGAAAUGUCUGCAACAGCACCAUUAUCUCCAACCCACAUGCUACCUAUGGCAAGUUGGAUAGCAGUGGCAAGAACAUCAGCCACUAUGUCAACCUUCAGGAGCUUCAUGCUCGGCAGCUCCAACAGAUGCAGCAGCAGCAACAACAAUACCAUCACCAGCACCCUCACAGCAGCAACUAUGUACCUCUGGAGUAUCCCAGUGCCAGCCAGCGCCACUCCGGCGGCAGUGCCACAGGAGGCCCAGUUGGCCCUAGCCUCUGGCAUCGUGGGGCUAAUGGGCAUGUGCCCGCACCAGCCCCAUCUCAGGAAGGAGAAAGUAUGGAAGCCCUGGCCUUGGCAGCCCCAAGCAUCCAACAGCAGAUCCAGCAAGCACGCGCCCUGUCUGGUGCCAGCGCACGCAUCCUGCAGCAGCACCGGGAAGCCUUGGCUGCUCUCUCCGCCUCCCAGAUCCAUUCACCUUGUCCAUCUCCAUCUCAUGGCGGUCCUUCCUCUCCAGCAGUGGUGGGACUGCAACGUUCUAGUAGCAUCAAAUCCACUCUUUCCGACAGCCCGUACGCUGCAGGAGGCACUAGGACCAAGCAUUCGUCCUUCUCCGAGGACAUCCACCUACCUCGUACGGGUUCUUUCUCUGGAUUGUCCAGCCCUACUGGCACCAACUUCCCUUCCUCUCCAACACCCAGCAACUCUUCCCAUUCUUCGCGCUUCACAUACCCUAUGACCUUUGUGCCCAGUGGUUCACUGGGGGGCGGAGUUGGGGCCGGGACCCUGGUGCAGCCUGCCCAACAGUUGGGCCUGCCCUACACUAGUCUUAGCAUGUCCAAGCUCGCUCAGGGCAAGGAUGAGGAGGGCAGCCGUCUGUCCAAGUCGUCCACCAUGGACUAUGCAUAUUUCAGUGAUUAUGCCUGUCUGUCUUCUGUGCAUGGAUCCAAUCUAUCACUUGUAUCAACUUCAUCAUCAGUGUACUCAUCGUCUGAAGAAAAACAUGCGGCAGAGGUGAGGAAGCUAAAGCGAGAUUUAGAAGCAGCCCAAGCAAAAGUUCACACAUUGACAUCACAGCUUAGCACAAAUGCCCAUGUCGUGUCGGCGUUCGAACAGUCGCUGGCCAACAUGACCGCCAGGCUGCAGGCGCUGACGACGAGCGCAGAACAAAAGGUGCAGGUGCCGCACCUGCUUCACAAGUCCUCCAUCAAGGACUCGGAGCUCAACGACCUGCGCAUGACCAUCGAGGCGUUGAAGCGUCAGAGUGGACUGGCCAUCAAUGACCCCAUCAUCAGCCCCGCCUCCAGCCGCCGCCACACGUCCCCGGCUAUGGUCCCCAAAGACCUCCAUGGGGUGGUGGCGGAUAUCGGAGGAAUAGCUCGGCAGAUGUCCUCCGACAGUGUCAGCAGCAUCAACAGCUUGUCCAGCGCCUGCAGCAUGACCAGCCAGCAAUCAGCAGCCACCGAUGGCGACGCUGGCAAAAAAGGGAAAAAUGGCAAAAAGAAAGGAUGGUUACGGAGCUCUUUCAGCAAGGCAUUUUCCGGCAAGAAAGGAAAGAAAAUAAAAACUGGUUCUCUAUCAGAUGUGGAACCAGACACUCACAGUAUACGGUCCAAUGCCUCAGCACCAAACUCACCGCUGAUGCAGAUUGGACAUCUGCCGAAUGGAGGCAGCACCCUGAAAGGGUCACACUCCUCCGGAGCCAUUUUGAAGCAGCAGUUGAGAGAGAAGGAUGCUAAGCUGACAGAUAUCCGACUGGAGGCACUGUCCUCUGCUCACCAGUUGGAGCAGCUGCGCGAGACCAUGACAAAAAUGAAAAAUGAGAUGAGUGCCUUGAAAGCUGACAAUGAUCGCCUGCACAAGCUGAUGUCAGCAAGUCGGACAUUCAACUUUUCACAGUCAUCCCUCACUCAUACCCGGGCCAGCAAUGACUCAUUGGACAGAUCUCUCAGCCUGACCGAUCAGUCUAGCUUAGAUAUGCUUUUGGCAGAAACAGCAGCAAAUGAUCGUGACGGCAAGAGGGUAACAAUCACUGUAUAUCAAGGUUCAAAUCCAGACCCAUCUAGACCAGGACUCGAGAAACCAGCUGAGGUAUUAAUUGGCUCGCUCUCUGUAAGCGGCAAGACAAAAUGGGACAUCUUAGACAAUAUUGUUCGCAAAAUCUUCAAGGAGUAUGUGUUGCGGGUGGACCCAGUCACCAAUCUUGGUCUAAGUGCGGAGAGCGUGUUCUCCUAUCAUAUAGGGGAGAUAACUCGUACUAAAGAUUCUGAAGUGCCAGAACUGCUGCCCAUUGGCUACCUGGUGGGAGACACAACACAGAUUGGCAUUUGCUUAAAGGGUACAAAACAGCAGAGUGUGGAUUCUCUAGCUUUUGAGACAAUGAUUCCUAAGUCUAUUGUACAACGCUAUGUCUCCUUACUGCUGGAGCAUCGACGUAUUAUUUUGUGUGGCCCAAGUGGUACUGGAAAGACCUACCUGGCACAGAAAUUAGCGGAGCAUCUUGUACUCAGAUCAGGCAGAGAGCUUACAGCAGGGUGUGUGGCAGUAUUUAACGUUGACCACAAGUCAGCUAAAGAGCUACGCCAGUACUUGGCAAACAUUGCCGACCAGUGUGAGGCAACGUCAGCGAAUGCUUUGCCAUCUGUCAUAAUACUAGACAACUUGCACCAUGUGGCCUCCCUUGCUGAUGUCUUCAAUGGCUUUCUGACUGCAAAGUACCAGAAAUGCCCCUACAUCAUUGGUACAAUGAACCAAUCCACCUGCUCUACUACGAACCUGCAACUGCACCACAAUUUCAGGUGGGUGUUGUGUGCAAACCACAUGGAACCUGUUAAGGGAUUCUUGGGUCGCUACUUGCGUCGCAAACUUGUGGAAGCAGAGGUACGCACUGGAAUGCGCAACAAUGAUCUCAAUCGUAUCAUUGACUGGAUUCCAAAGGUGUGGGCACAUAUCAACAAAUUUCUGGAAACACACAGCUCAUCAGAUAUCACCAUUGGCCCCAGAUUGUUCCUGUCAUGCCCAAUGGAUAUUGCUGGCUCCCAGGUGUGGUUCACAGAUCUUUGGAAUUACUCUGUAGUUCCAUACAUUCUGGAAGCAGUGCGGGAUGGCCUGCAGGUGUAUGGAAGACGUGCACCUUGGGAAGAUCCCACGGACUGGUCUCUCCAGACUUACCCUUGGGCAAAUGUCAACCCAGGUGGAGGGCCUGACCGCUCUCUGCUACACAUCCGACCAGAAGAUGUGGGGUAUGAUACUAUUCCCCCAUCAUCGCCUUCUACAGUGCCUGCUCUGGGAAACACAAAGACUCCCUUAAAGGGAGAGAAUCCACCUCAAGACUCUGUUGACCCACUGGUCAACAUGCUGAUGAAGCUGCAGGAGGCUGCCAGUUACUCUGGUACACACAGCAACGACAGCGACUCCACCAGUGUUGGCAGCCACAGCAGUAUUCAGGAGUUUUCCACUACAAGUGGAGUGGAGUCCACUCUAUAAGACUACAAAAAUCUUCAUAUUAGGAACCAGACAAGGGAAUGGUUAGCUGAGAGUGAAACCCUUUCUGCCAUAAUCCGUGAGACGUUGUGCAGGAGAAGUGGUUUGAAUUCAUUUUGGGAGAUAGAGUGACAUUGUCUUCAUUUGGUUGCAGUGUUCCUACCAUUUGUCAGACUGCCUUUUGUGAGAGUAACAAAUGAUCCAUCUUUAUCAUCUUUGUAAUUGCAAUUAAUUUAUUAUUGCAUUGUGUGGUAAAGUGACCUGGAUUCAUGUUUUUGUGAAAUACUGGAUUGCAUGACCAGCAACAGUUGGCAAUCUGAGUCUUUUGCCAGCAAGGUAAGAUUUCCCUGGCUCUUCCCUGAAAUGCUGGUCUUUGCACAUUCUUCAAACAUUUAACAUGUUAAAUAUUUAAACCUACAUCCCUGUGCACCAGGCUGCACCUACGAAGAUCUCAACAGACAAGAGAUGUUUGUCUGCCUUUAGAAGAUCGACUCCAGCACAACACUGUAUGAGGACGCAGUGUUUGCCAGACCAAGGACAUUUUCUUUUCUUCAGAUGCAGUGGAUAAGAUGACUGCUCUCUUUGACUGAUGGUUGCUGCCAUCUUUAAAUGCUUUUUAAGCUUACUUAAUUACCCACUAGCUACAGAUAGUUCAUGGUGUACUUAAAGGUGCUUGUUUCAAUGUUAUUUGCAUCAGAUUGUAGGUGCAGUGAUAAGCGUGUUGCCUUAGGUUUUCAUACAUACUGCAUCUUUGUUGAAGGGAGUGGUUAAUCUCUUGGUUACUAGUUAUCUGGACCAAAGAUACUUCUAUCAGCAUUAAAAUGGACGUCUCCAGUGACAGUUCAUUUGUUUCAAGACAUAAAUAUGUUUUCAUCUUUCCUAAUGUGCAUGCCUCACACAAUCACAUUCUUGAUCUGAAAGUGAGCCUGAAUCACACGAUUAAACAUCUGAUUAUGUUUCUAAGCAAUUCCAGAGUUUUGAUUAUCACAAGUGAUGACAGAGAAGCACAGUCUGCUGUCUACUGAGAUGCUUUUUCUCACCUUUUUCCGUCUUCAGCAGUGUCACGCCAAAAGAAGUCAACAGAGUAUGUUGUUGGAAUAGAGCUUGCUUAUGGACUUCUGGCAAUGCCAGAACAAAAGUUUCUGGUUUGUACUGGUUUUUGGAGCAAUCAGCCAUCAUGCAGAUGUGAAUGGUGCUGCAGAAAAGUGAGAUGUGUAGACCAUGAUGCUGCUAGCAGCUCAAAUGACCACUUGCAGGAAAUCAGCCCUUGGGGCAAGCUACAGAUGUUUAAGAAAAACAAAAGACUGUGCUGUCAGACCAUAAUUGGUCUGUUGGACAUUUCUCAAACUCAUCCCUGCUCAAGUUUAAUGCCUUGAGAUCUCAUUUCAAAGACUUCUGUGUGGUGUGAUCAACAAAGUGUUUCUGAGUGUCAACGUCUGAGCAGUUUAUUCUUAAUACCGAAAGGUCUCUUGAACCAAACAGGAUAAAACCUGCUUGGAGUAAUUCCUCUUGUAUCUGCACAAAAGCAGAGAAGCAACUGUUCGUCUCUAACAGCAAAAGUGACACCAACUGAUUCACUCCUGCUUAACAUACUAGUGCUUACAGUCAACGAACAUUUUUGUAUGCAUUAAAUAAUUUGGUUCUUGGUAGUUUAAUCUUCUGCUUUAGUGACAAGUUGGGAUAUUUUUUGGAUUGCAGUGGUUUGUGAUUGAGAUUGUGUUCUUUACACUAUUUAAUGAAUUAGAUGCUGCACAGUAGCUUUUUAUUGGAUUUCUUGAACCUGGCAUGUGAAAAAGAUGGAAUUAGCGUUAUGGAGGGUUUGUAAGAGUAUUAGAAUAUUUUAAAAUAUCUUUCAUAAACAGUAGAUGCAGAAGUCUGUGUUUACAUUUAUGAUUUGUGUUAUUUUAUUAUAGGGUGUUUUAGCAAUACACAAAGGAAGACUUGUCUGUAUAUGAGAACUGUAAUAUCAAUAAUAGUGCUAAAGGCCAUACUCUCCUUGACAAAACCACCUAAACUUUUGAGCAAUAGAAGUUAAGCUCAUUUUUCAAAAUAACACCAAAAAAAGGGCCAAGUCUUUUUGGCUGAUGACUUUUUAUAAAUUCUGAAAUAUUUUGUGGCUGAUAGCUUUCAAAAUGUGAACAAAACAAAAAGAAGACUUUUUUUGAGGAAUUAAUGUGUCUGAGAUCCAGAAACAGCUGUUAACAUGUUUUAAUCAGAGGUUUGACAAAUUUAAGUUAUUUUGAAAGUGAAACAAUCUAUUGAUAGCCUUCCUUUAAAAGAUAUUUUUUAGCUACUCGUUCCUGUCCGCUUACUCCUUUUGAAAAAAACUCCUCAAAAUUAGGCCUUUUUUUCAUGGCUGCUUAUUUGACACAAAUGUUCACAUUUGAAAGGCAGCAGUUUUCACCCGUGACAGAUCAGCAGGGAAUCUUUGGCUAAGAUAGAGAAUAAAAUGGCAGAUAAAUGCUUGUCACUAAAAACAUUCUUCUUCAGGCAUGUGCUGGAAACAUGUUUUUCUGUUGAGAAUGCUAAUAAAAAUUUUGGAGAAAUUCAAGAGAUGACUGUGCUGAGGCUUCCCUGCAGGGAUGGUCCUAGAUGGAAAUUCAUUCUUUUGGUGGAAUGGCUAAGGACUUGAAGAUUUAAUUUGCCCUGGAUAUAUUUCUGCUUUCCUUGAACAAAAUAACAUCAAAUAAGGUUAUAAAAAAUCUCAGACUUAAGCUUUUAUCUUAUCUCUAGGUAGCAACAUGAAGCAGUUAAAGUGAAAAGUAAUACAAAAAUCUGUCUUAAUGGUGUUCUUGAGAGUGGCCAGAGCUAAGUUUUGGGGUACAAAUUGUUACUUGCAGACUAGACCACUUUAGUGACGUUUUUAAAUAAUUUGAAGUGCGUAUGAUGUAAAUGAUUUUUAGGCCAGUCGUGUAGACUAUGUGUCAACUACUUAACUUCCAAAACUGUGAAAUUCAAGUCAUCAUAGUUGUAAAUAAAUUAAUGUCUGCGUGUUUGUUGACAGGCCUAAUAGUAAUAGAAACACCAGUCUACUUUGUGGUGGUCCACUGUAAAAUUAGUCAAGGACGACUUGAUCUGCUCUACAAAUUGUAUGGCAUCUGAAUUGAAGCAUGUAGUGUGAAGGACAUUUUAAAAGCUACUUUGAAAGAGAGAGUUUUGAUUUUUAACAAAUUAUUAAUAAAUAUAUUUGGAAAUGUUUUAAGUACAUUCCAUAACACUCUGAGACUGUCAAUACGAAUUUUAAUUUCAAAGUGUUGGUCUUAUUAUUUCUUGAGACUAGAAAUCAAGGUGUUGAAAAUUUAGAGCUCAGGGUAAAAUACUGGAAGCAUAAGAAAUGUACACUAGGUCUGUUAGCAAAUUAUUUUCUCCGAUACAGGCAUAUAUGCUGGUAUAUAAAUGAAAAUCAAGCUGACUUUAAAAAUACUAAAUGCUUGCGCAAACAACUAUUUUAGUGAAGAGAAUGAUUUAUCUAGAUGAGGGUUAAAAAGAAAUAAGGUUCAUGGUUGAAGCUUAAAUCAGUUUUACCAUCUUUCUAAAUAAAAUAUUUGUCCAUUGAGUAAAGCUCGGCAUCAUAUAUUGUGUUUUGUGGUGAUGGCUUAUGCCUGCAUGCUGUCAAAGAAAAUGCUUUUGUGCUGGACAUGUAGUGUUAUGUUGAAGGGCUUUAUUAAAAUGCAGUCAGUAUGUCAGAUCUGAUAUUCUUGUAAAUAUGCAGAAGCUGGACAUCACACGAGUGGCAGGUUUGUUGGGGUUUUUUUCAUGGUCAGUGUUGUUUCAGAUGCUGUAUAACAACUAUACUCACAGCCUAUCCUUUGCCCUGAUAAGUGCAAUAUGUUUUUCAAGUCUGAUGCAGGUGCCGAAACAAUCCUCAUUCAUUUACAGUGUCUGUUGCAACAAUGUACUUCAGUUUUGCCAUUGUCAGUUCACAAAAGUGACCAUCCAAAUUUUUUUAAAUGUGUGUAUGUGUGAGUGCGUGUACUUCUGAUCUUAAUGAUGAUUUUAGAUUUUUGUAAUUAGUGUCACCAUGUUAUAUGACAAAAUGUUUGUAAACUAUUGAUGAUUUUGCUGUUGCUGUCAUUAUAUCCUGUGAGAUACGAUCUUGAGUGCUUGGUCUCUACACUUUCAUAUUUGAAAAAAGACAGGACAUUAGUUUUUAUUCAUUUUUUUUAGGGGAUGGUAUUAAUUUUUUAACAAAAUAGGUAUGAUGUAAUUAAUUCUUUACUUUUUAUGUAUGUGAUAAACAAAGUCCUCUUGAAUUUUAAGAGGUUUGAAGAAUCGUUGGUACUGGUAGACUCUGCUUGUUCAUUCAUUUCAUUUUCAUGUCUUCCAGUGAUUCUUGCAGAAGAAAAACUUUGUCAGAAAAUGAUUUGGCAAAAUCUGUUCCAUGCUAGUUCAGAAGAAAGGGUGUGAUGCUGAAAUAAAAGUGUCACAAAUUUAUGUUUUUUAAUGAAGCAACAGCUUUUUUUUUCUCAUUUGGGAGACAUUAAGUCAGAAAUGAUUUUUCAUUCCAGGCACCUGGCUUGCUGGAAAAGGGACAGAGUCCUUUUUAAGUGACAUGACUAAGAUGAAAAAAAGGAAAAUUUCCAUCACAAUAAUUGAGCAAGUUUUGCUACAUUUUGAUAUGCUGGUAAUUAACUGGGCCUGUCAUCAGGCUCCUGCUGAAACACAACUAAGAUACUGAUAGGGGUAGGUCUUUGCCUUACAUGAUUGUCAUCAAUAUUUGUCAUCUCAUGCAGCCUCUGAAUGCCACAAUCAUCAUGUUGCCUUAGUUUUAACAUGUGCCCUGUCUUAUCAACAACAACAGUUUUCAAUCAGAGCUUUGUGUUCAAUAUAAACUGUGCCUAUAUGCUUGUAGUGAUAUAGAUAUAGAAUGUUCAAAAUUGGCUUCAACAUCUUUUCUGUUCUUUCACGGUGGACAGUCAUCAAGGAUAGAUGCAAGCUAGCUCUCCUGGUUUGUGUUUUCAAUGUUAUCUAUGCAAAUUAAGUGGAUUUACCUUCUACAGUUGACAGCCUUUUGUAUUGGGUGGUCUUCUGCAGCAUCUAUAGUCAACUUGAUAGCAGAACUGUAAACAUUCAAAAAUGUCUUGGAAUAUGUUAUUUGGAACAGGGUAAGGUUCAAUUGAGGCUUUGGAUUCUGAUAUUGAAACUUCUGUAUGAGGUUGAUAAAAUAAUUCACUCCUGCACUAAAUAAGUUGUAAACAGAAUGCUAAAGACAUAUCACUGUGUAAAUGAAAUAUUAUAGACAACAGGGACAAUCUAGAUAAAGCCAAACUGAAUAACACAAAAACUAAAACAAAUAAAACAUAGCAAAUAAUACAGAAAUAAAAUAUGAAAGUCAACACAACCUGUUGAGAAUGUUUCUUUUCAGCUUCAUUUUUCUUUAUUUAUUAGGCUGUUAUAAAACUGUCCGGUACAUUUUUAUCCUAGUGCAAGAAAAUAUUUAUGUCCGUGAUACAGUCACAGUCACCCAGUGACAUCCCUGAGACAUCUGAUGUCCAAGAAAAGUUGUGACAAAUCAUGCAGUUGGCUCAGAGGCUGGAGAGACAAGCUUGUGAGGAUGCUGCAGCUGGCUACUUGGUCAUAAGCAGGAUAAUAGUUUGACCUAUUAUUAGAAGAAAUUUUUUUUAUAGUUCAGACUUCAUUGUAGACAACUACCUAAUGCCAGGAUCAUGCCAAAAAUGUCUUAUCAAUGCAAUUUCAAUUUUUAAAAAAAAUAGUUAAUGUAUGUGCAUGAUUAUAGUGUAUUUACUGUCUUUGCUUUUGAACCAACUUUCUUAUAACAUCGGGCUCCAAGUGGUCAUUGUCUACACUUUUUCAUAGUUGUGAAUAUUUUUUUUUUAUUUAUUAACUAUUGAUAUAAUUAUUUAUUACAUUUAGGCUUUACAAAAUUUUUGUGAUCGCUGUGCAAAUCCUUGGGCGUGUCCUUUACCUUAUAAUAUUUGAGGCAUGUUGCUAGCAUUGUUCAUGCAUUAAUAUAUCAUUUCUAGUAUUUAUACUAGUAUUCUGGAGAGUUUUUAAUGAUUAGAGAACAAUUAUGCUAGUGUGUAGAAAUACCUGCUUUACAUGUGAUGAUGAAAAUCUAAGUUCUCAUCUCACUCAUCAUCAAUAGUUAUCAUCCUUCUGAUUGUAGAAGCUCACCGGUGCAUAAAUGUUUCAAGUAUUUCAGUGGCUGUCAUUAGAAUAUCAGUAUCAGGUAAAAACUGAAUGUGGACAAAAAUUCUGCUAAAAAUUCAUUUUACUAACAAAAAAAGAAAUUAAAAUCCUUUGAUAGACAAUUAUCCGGUGACAAACCACAGAAAAUGCCUAUAAAAUACUUCAAUUGAAUCUUUAUCAUAAAAAAACAAAAAAUGGUGCUGUCCGCUUGAUUCUGGCGGAUUGUAAAAGAGAUAAAAAAUAGUUGUAACAAACAGCUGCAGGUUGGAGAAGAAGAAUUGAAACACGUCAAGAAAAUGUCACAAGAUAAGUGUUGGUCUUACGUGUGAAACUGCUAGGGUUUCAAGAAUGUCACAUACUUUUCUGUACUGGCUGGCUUUAAGAAGAUGACAGGCGCUGUAAGAUGGUCAGCUUACUCUUCCUCUCUUGCAUUGUGUCCUGUCUUUAUACCAGUCGAGUCAUACAUUUCUUUGCCAAUCUUAUUCAAAAAGUAUAGAAAGUAUGUUGAUGUUUUAAACUAGAGAGAAAUACAGGUGUGUGAGUAAGAAAGAGGCUGGGUGAGAGAGAGUGAAAAUGAAUAUUGCAAGAGGAAGAAUAGUGUGUAUAUAUGUGUCUAUGCAAGUGUAUGUUUUUGAGUGUGUCUAUGAAGCCUGCAUCAAUGGACAAGAAAGCAUCUUUUAAAAGCCAAUCAGUAAGACUUUCAAAGUGCCUUGAAUUAAGUCAUCAGCACAUUCUUGACCUAAAUGCAGUUUUACAUGGAACUCUUACAGCUGUUUUUUUGCCAUGGAGUUUAGGAGGUAAGAUUAAAAUGUAAGAAAAGAACAUAUAAUUCAAAGGAAGAGGACUUUAAAAAGUUUUUUAUAAGUAAUAUUGUCGGGUAUUUCAAAUACUUUUAAUAAGUUGCUGUCAGCUAAACAAUCACAAAAGGGAAUAGUCACUGUGGCAAAGUUAUCUCCAAGUUUUAAGUCAUUUGCUUGAUGUGAAAGCAACAUCAAUUGAUUUGUUUACUCAUCUAUAAAUGUAACUUUAAAAAUUUUUAUAUUUUCCACCUGCAGACCUCUCUUGAGCGAUUUGAAAACAUCAUUGUGUUCGUUUUAAAAGUGUGAAAGUCACAAUGUUGUCCACACUCAGAAGUUGUAUAUACACAAAUCAUGAAAGCUGCAUUAUUGAGUUUUUAGUCCGUUUGUGGAUUUUUUACCUUUAUAAUGAGUAGUGCUUGGGUUUAUGGUAUACUGAAUUAGAGUGUGGUUUUUUUCACAAUGUCUUAAAUUGUCAGCAGAUGCAUAGCCAGCCAGUGCAAUAGUUUGCAACUGCAUUUCUUUUCAACAUGUGUUUUGAUGUUGAGUGCAAUAUCAAGUGCCCGAAUGCAAAAGCCCUUAAUUAAGUGCCAAGUGUUGGUGUUUGUGUACACUCUAAAUAGUCAUUGACUUAGGGCAUUAUACGAAGACACAAAAUUCUAGUCCCGCACCAGUUUUGUUUUUUUUUUGUUUUCAUGCCUCUUCUCGUGUACCUCUCAUGAUGCACCAGGUUGACUGCAGUAUACUCUUCCUGUCAAUCAUAUUCUUGAUCACCCUGCUGAUUCAACAGUCAGUAAAUCUUUUCAUCUGAAAUUUUUAUCAAUAUAUUGUGGUCAGAUAAUGUUCUUUUCAUAGCUUGUCUGUUAAUCAGAGAUUGGUUUUAUUUUGGUGCAAUGCAUACAGAUGUUGAAUGAACUUGUUGACGCAUUGGAUAAGAUGAUGAUGAACUUCAUGUCAGGAAGCAAGGGCUUUACUUUAAAACGUCUGUCUUUGUGAUCAAUUUCACAGUCAGUUUUUGGUGGAGCAAUAAACAUGUUCAGUCUUUAAAGAGAGAAGUUUUAGAAGACCAUAGUGAUGUUCAUAUCUUGUAUAUUAUAGUUGUGUAUCUUUUCCCUCUGACAACAGUAUUAGCAUACUUUAUCUAGAUUGCAAUCCUCAUGGUGUAGAAGUAGAAGUAAUCUUUGUGCUUAUUUUCUGAGACGAUGUUGAUCUUGUCAGAUUGUAUCUAAGAAUAGUGUAUGGUAUUUAAAACUUGCUUUUAAGUUAUGAAUUGAAGUAACUUGCAGAUUGUUUUUAAAAGACUUUGACUCCAGUUUUAUUGCCCAUCUUUCAUGGUUGAUCAAAUUUUCAUUAAGAAAAUGGAUUUUCUAAUAUUGUUUUCUGCAAAUAAUGAAUCUUAGGUUCUUGUGACUGACAUUAUUUAAAAAUCAUUCAUAUUUUACUGGUCGUAUUGCCCUCCAGAGUUCUAGAUUAUUGGCUUCUUAGUGUUAUUACAUUUUCGAUUGUUUUCCCAGCCUGUUUCGCUGCCUUUACUAGCAGUUUCUUCCUAAUAAUGUACUUUGUUGACAUCGGAGAAAAAUGUAACUAAUGCUAAGAUAAGAAUUUAUAUAAUGAAGCAGACACAGUUACCACUAAUGGUUGUUGUGGGUUUGCAAAACACAUUAUUGCUAAUUUUGUUGCCAUGGCACUGCUUAUGCAAGAGUAUUGAUUGAUUGUAACUAUUUAUGCUUGAUAAUUUUAAAACUUAAGCUGCAUAGCAUACUGUUGCAGAUUUAGUUUAGAGGCCAUAUUUUGCACAGUUCUGCUAUUCACAUAAAAAUCACAUCAUUAUGCAUAUAAAUAUCAAAUUAGCUUGAUUUUUUUCAUGGAUUCAUUCAUUGAUUGAUGAAAGAACUUUACUUUAUGAAGGAGGAGCCUUUCCCUUGUACACAUUUAUCUGCUAGCGAAGACAGUUUAGAAUUAAGGAGGGCAAUGCGUCUUCAGUUCACUCUUGUAAAAGGAUCAAAUAUGGAGUCUUAUGUUUGUUUGAAAAUGAAUUAAUACGAGGAUACUCAGGGUAUGAGAGUGUUGUAGAUACAGGAAGUAAAAGUUUUUUUUCUUCAUAUAUCUUAGACUAUACCCUUCCUAGCUUUGGUUUUGAUUUGGUGGUUGUUCAUGAAAAAUGUGGCGUUAACAUCAUCAUGUUUCAUUUACAACGUCUUCUGAGGUAUUGGAAAGUUUAGUUGUAUUAAGUAUCAGGAGUAAAGUACUUGCCUGGUGAGUUUAGUGAGCAUGGAGUGAUAUAAUUUUAAGACAACCAUUAAUUUUUUUUGUUUUUUUUUUUUUUGUAAGGAGAACCAUAGCAAGACUGACGGGUAAAUUGAAAUUUCAUGAAAUACAGUUGUGACUCUUUUCUUCUUUUUGUAAUCAUUUUUGGAACACGUGAUUGUCAAAUAUAAUUCCUAAUUAGAUAAACAUUAAACAUUUAUAGAUCCCUGUGUCAUUUGUCAGUAGCAAUUCCAGGAUAAUGUGUAUUGUGACUCUAGUAAGUCAUAUCUUUUAUCUGUACUUUGAUAGAGAUUAUAAACAAGUACAGCAUGUAGACCCCAUGCCGUAAAGUGUGACACCAUGUAACUGAAGUCGUACACAGUAAAUAGUUCAUUAUUUUAUUUGGAUGCACACUUACAUUUUAUGUUAUAAGGAUUGUUUUUAGCUAAAUGUUCUGUUUCAGAUUUUACCCAUUACUAAAGAGAAUGUAUUGUUCAUGAAUUUGUUGUAAAUAACAUUUGGAUUUAGUGUACAAGAGUGAAGCAGUAUUUUUAAUUUAUGACAUCAUUGGACCUACGGUGGGGAACCUGUACAGAUGGCAUUUGCUUUGGGGGGAGGGGUACAGUGUGGUUGAAGGGAGAUGAAGCAGUAAGUGUAAUGUAAAGACAGCAAAUCCUGCAAAGAAAGAGCACAUAAUUCCCAUUUUAGUACUAAUGCAUUUCUUAUCUCCCUUGGUACAUUUCUGAUGUAUUUCAUUAACCUUUUUUUUUGUAAGAUUUAUAUUAAUUGUGGUGACUUGACAUUAUUGGUACAUAGCAGGCAACACAGCUACCAUGUUGAAGUACAAUGAGUUUGAUGGUGAAGUAUCUUCUGGGCUUGCCUGCCUUGCUGUAGACAGCCAUUUGUAUGGUUGAAUUAAAUGAUUUACACAGAG